UUACAACAGAAAAGGAUUCUUCAGCAUUAAUGCUAUGGUUGUUUGUGAUCACACAAUGAAAAUAAGAUACAUAAAUGCAAAAAAUCCGGGAGCGACACAUGAUUCCAUGGUUUUUCAUAUGUCAUCAUUGAAAGCACACUUAGAACAGCAACAUCAUAAUGGUAUUCGUAAUACUUGGCUACUGGGUGAUGCUGGUUACGCUCUAAAACCAUACUUGAUGACGCCGUUCAGAAAUUCUGAGGAAGGAUCUCCUCAAAGAACAUACAACAAACAACAUGCAAAAGCCAGAAAUAUUAUAGAGCGAACAAUCGGAGUUUUAAAAAAUAGAUUCAGAUGUUUAUUGCAGGCGAGAGCUCUUCAUUACACUCCAAAGAAAGCUACACAAAUAAUAAAUGUGUGCGCAGCUUUGCACAACAUUUGUCAAUUCUAUAAUGUAGAAAUACCCGACGGAGAAGAGUUUUCAAAUGAGCCUCACGACGAUGAUGCCGGAGUCGUUGAGAUGGAAUCAAUUGAGAAUUCAGAAGCAGAAGACAUCAGAAAUGAAAUUUUAAGAACCUUGUAAAUAACUGAAAAAGUAUUAAUAAAGGUAUUCCAGUAUCUUUUAUUAAAUUCAUAAAUA